AUGUCUCGUGCACGUACUUCAGACGAUAUUUGGUGGGCAAGGAUUUUGGAUAGAGUUGACGAACUUUUACACAAUUAUCCAAAAUUACCAAAAAAGCGGUUGGCAGAGAGCAGACCAGGUGUGCGAGAACCUGGAACUGGAUAUUAUUUUAGGACAAUGACGGCAAAACUUUACCGUCAAGGAAUGGCAAUACAACGGUGGGAUUUUGGGAAUGCUAAAAAACAUUCAAGGGAUCCAAUCAAUGAUCCUGCUGAUUGCAACGCACCAAACUUGCCAGCUUUUCAGAUCACAAUUCCUAUAUGUGAAGUAUUCUGGGACCCACCGUAUCCUAUCCCAUUUGGAUAUGUUCCAGUAACCCCGACAGAUAUAAUUGGUAACGAGUUUAUUAUUGACUUGUACUGGAUCCAGCAAGCCGCUUUAGAUGCUAAUAUGUGA